AUGGAGAAGACGCCGAGAAUGCUAUAUAUUGUCAAUCUCUGCAUCAUUUUUGGGACUUUAGUGAUAACAAGAUGCAACGCGACAACAUACUUUGUGGGAGACACCUCAGGUUGGGACAUAAGCUCCGAUCUUGAUUCUUGGCCUUUAGGCAAGCGAUUCUCUGUUGGUGAUGUUCUAAUGUUCCAAUACUCAUCGACGCAUAGUGUCUACGAAGUGGCUAAAGACAACUUCCAAAACUGCAACACUACGGACCCGAUCCGUACCUUCACAAACGGGAACACGACCGUUGCUCUCUCCCAACCCGGAGACCGGUUCUUUCUCUGUGGUAAUAGACUUCAUUGCUUCGCCGGUAUGAGGUUAAAAGUCAACGUCGAAGGCAACGGCCCAUCUCCAGCCCCCGUGGGAGCUCCCCGAGCCUCCACCGGAGGGAUUCUUCAGCCGUCUUCCAAAAAGAUCAACCCCGCGACUGGGGUCGCUAGCUCGGCUCCCCGUUUUCGCGACCGCGUUUGGACCGUUAGUGGGCAAACGAGUAUGGAUCCAUCUCCGAUCGCUCAAGGGAACGACGCUGACGCGCCGGCGGCGGGAAAUCAGUUUGCCCAAUUCGGCGCUGGAUGCUUCUGGGGAGUGGAGCUUGCGUUUCAGAGGGUCCCGGGCGUGACUCAGACCGAGGUUGGAUACACUCAAGGGAUCACCGACAAUCCUUCAUACGGAGAUGUCUGCUCGGGCACCACGGGCCACUCCGAGGUUGUUAGGGUUCAGUAUGAUCCCAAAGAUUGCAGCUUCGAGUCUUUGCUUGAUUUGUUCUGGUCUCGGCAUGAUCCAACCACCUUGAAUCGCCAGGGAAAUGACGUGGGAACCCAAUACCGAUCUGGAAUAUACUUCUACACACCUGAGCAGGAGAAACUAGCCCGUGAGUCACUGAAACGUCACCAGCAACAAAUGGAGAGGAAUAUCAUGACUGAGAUCUUGCCGGCUAAGAAAUUCUACAGAGCUGAGGAAUAUCAUCAGCAGUAUCUGUCAAAGGGCGGGCGGUGCGGUGUCAGUCAAUCCGCUGCUAAAGGCUGCAACGACCCAAUCCGCUGCUACGGCUAA